AAAUGGCCGGCGCGUAGUUUACAAUGCUAAAUCUAGCGUCUGAAAGGGUUUUGACAAAGCUGCACGCCCUACCACCGUCCGCAAAUAAGGAAUCAUCAGUAUUAGCAGUCAUCAAUGAGGCGUUCACUUGUUCGUCUGCUCAUGUACGAUCCGGAUGUCUUGAUAUCCUAGCUGUGUGGAAUAGUCCUCAAGCAUGCCUUAGUGCAGGUUCUGCUGGUGAAGUGGUUUUGUGGCACACUAAUGAUUGUGAUCCCAGAGUACGCGACCGAGCAUAUCAUUGUCUUCUUACAUGGUUAUGUUCGCUUAAUCUUGCUGAAUGUGGUCGUUUUGGCAAACCUAAAUACUUCAAUAGCCAUAAGGAAUCUACGAAGCUAGAACUAACUGAAUGGUUUGAGUCAAAUCUAGAGUGUGUGUACGCGGCUGCUUGUCAAGGACUGUUGGAUAAUGAAGAAAUGGUCCGUCGAACAAGCUUACAUGUACUUGGAAAAUUGAGUAUUACUUGGCCGCAUCAUAGUUUGGUCGAUGUUCCUGUUUUCACUUUGAAUUCCUUAAUACCAUCCAAACCCUAUUUUGACUCUGAAUUAGAGCAUAAUCGUCUAGUUGAUGAUGCUUUUAGUCGUGUAUGCUCUCGGAUUCAAGAUCCUAGCCGAUGUGUCAGACAGCUGGCAGCUCAAAUAAUGUCUGAUCUGGCCAAAUUCGUUACCGAAGACUGUUUAUUGCAAACACUAGAAAAGACAGUUAUGUCAGAUAGGCAAGUACGCCGAUCUAUGCUUGAACAACAUAACGUACCUAAGACAAGUCAUUCUCGUUCAACUGGAUAUAGCCAUUCACAAAGCAAAAACCCUGCAUCAGAUUCUGUUAAUCUGAUUUCAUCUGGCUCUAAUGGUGCCAUCAUUAGUGGAUUGGAAGAUGAUUAUUUCGAAGUGCGUUGUACUACAUUGGCUACGGUAACUCAUAUUGCGUCGCUUAGCACUCGGUUUGCAUUGAAUUGUCAAGAUCUCUUAGUGGAUAUGCUGACUGAUGACAUUCAGGAUGUACGAUUAGCAGCUGUUCGAGCCCUGAGCGCUGUUGGAGAUAAAGUAUCUGUAAAAAGUGAACAAGUAUCUAUAAUUACAUCAGCUUUAGCUGAAGGAUCUGGUCGGAUUCGACGAAGAUUACACCACUUAUUAUCACAGUGUCGUUUAGCUUCAGCUCCUUGUUUGAUUAGCCUACUGGAUGGACUUUUACAAAAUUUAAGAAGAUAUCCAGAGGAUAGAGAUAAUCUCUGGCGAUGUGCUGCAUCUGUUGGCAGAAAUCAUCCAGUAUUUGUUGAAACUUGUUUAUCAAGUUUAUUACGAACACAUUCUUGGUUAAAUGGUCCUGAACCGGUGAAAGAAGAUCCAGCCUAUCUAACAGUCUUGUUGCUUGUAUUAAAUGCUGAACCUAGUGUUCCUGGUAUGCAAGCGAAGUUUCCUAGACAUGUAUCAUCCACCAAGAUUUAUCUACGGGAGCUUUUACCUUCUUUGUUGCCAAAAAGUGGCAUGAACAAUGAAUUCCAAGAUUAUUUUCCUACUAUUUUGCCGAAUAAAAAGUUGUGUUUGGAUAAUAACCAUAAAUUGAAUUCAUCUCUAACAGGACAUUGUAGCCUAUACAAAUUUGUUGCCUCUACCAUAUGUCGCAUUAGACAGAUCUUCGCAAACAUUCAUGAUGAAUUACACUGUUAUUGUCUUUCAGUCCGUCAAAACAAACAGUAUCAAGAAAAGAUUGAAAAUUUACGUUCUGGAAUCCCAUCUUACGAAUAUCAAUCUCGUCGUAAUGCUCUGCUAUCACGACUCGUCUUCAACGAUCUAUGGGAUUGUGCUAAAAAGUUGGAUCAUGUUGGAAGGCUGAAAAAUCUACUCUAUUGGUUGAUAUUAAUUUCAACUACUGGUUGGUAUUUAGCAUCAGUAGUUGUAUUGACGCAUUACAAUACGACCUCGCCAACAUCAACAACAGCUACUCGAACAGCUGUUGGUAAUCAGUUCAUUAUGCGUGGCGAUAAUUUUCAACUGACUGACCAUAAAGCGAUAAAAAGUAAUACAAUACAUAAACGAGUUGUUAAAUUGAUAAGUAAAGCAAUUCGUAAUUCACUCAAGAUAAAACAUCUAUUCUCAGGGAAAACAAAGUAUGAAUCACUAUAUGUAUCCAAGUUAUAUAUUGGUACAUGUAAGGCAUUCAAAUCAUUUGCAAAAAAUAAUCUACUACUUGACUUAGAUCCGCUAGUGGAUGCCUUGAAUGCUCUUCUAAAGUUGUUACAUAGCACAGAUGAACUAGAUAAUGGUAUAUCAUCACCUCCUGUGUUAACAGUUGAAUCUUCUGUACACUUUUCAGUCAAUAGGAAACGUCCUGCACCACCAUUGCCGAUGGAACUUGAUAUGGAACAAUCUUAUGGAGUAUCAUAUUCAUGUGAUGAGUCGAUAACUAAUUACCUAAUGGAUUGUUCUAAGAGACUGAUACCUGUCUACGCAAUGUUAAUACAACCAUCAGGCAUGUCAUCUAGUGUAAGUAUGAUUGAUGCUGAAGACAAUUAUCAUGGGAUUGGUGGUAAACCGAUUAUCUCGUUAACCAGAUAUCAAGAUGAACUAAAUAAGAAUGAUGCGACAGCAGUAGUGAUGAAUGACUAUUGUAUUGGUCUACCGACACCAUCAUUUUCCCAUCGUUCUGGUGAAAACAAUGUUAUCCCAGAGAUUCGUUUCACUGCUAUUAUAGCAUCAGCAAUGAUACGCAUUCGAGCACUAAUUGUUGGUUUGAAUAUUAAUGUUGCACGGUAAGUUAGUGAACAUCACCUUAUGAUCUUUGACAAAUUUUGAUUAGGCUAAUGCUACUAAGCACCUACAAGUAUCAAUACAUGACAUCUGUGUAGUUUGGAGUUGUAUCCAGUUCAAAGUCAAAAUGGUUGUGGCAUAUCGAUGGAAUCAAUAUCCUUCACAGUUUCUAGAACAUAUUUGCUUAUGGGUAUUGUACAGUAUCUGUACUCAUUAGUUUGGAGGCAGUGAUGAAAGUUUUUCACCAGAAGUUUUUAGCUUUCCGUCUCUUUCUGAAAGUGGAGUACAUAGCAAAGACCUCCACUUCAGCUCCCGUAGUUGUGUGACAGUAUGUGCAGAAUUCUGACUGAAUGCACAGUCUUCCGGACACUGAGCGGAAAUUUGAGUAUGCUUGGCAAGCGUUUCGCACCUAUCAAACUUAAGUUGAUUCUUCAGGACUGAUCUGCAACUACUCCCAGUUUAAUGGUAGAGAGUGAAGUGGUGGAAUAUGUAGACCACUUCACUUACUUGAGGAGUUGCAUCAGUUCAAACGGGCUGCUUUUUGAUGAAACUUCAGACCUGUUUGGGAUUUGCCAGCUUGCGUCAUCUGUGGCGCUGACUUUCGAGAUGUCCGACUACCCAUUAAUUAAAGGACGAGUUUACUGUUGAAUUGCUUACUCUAUCCCAGUAAAUGGCUCUGAAACUUAGCCAUUGAAAGGGGAUAUCAAAAAGUCAUAGGUCUUCGAUCACAAGUGUUUUCUUAGCACCUUUACGUGCUUGUGGUAGAAUCACCAUGUGAGCACCAUCGAGGUUAUGCUUAGGUUUAGAGUCGAGGAUAGUAAGCAAGUCAAUGAAGUUGUGGUCCUUCACCGACUGAUGUGGCUUGAACAUGUGUUUUGCAUGUCCAGCCAACUCUUACCUCAACAUGCAAUGUAAUCUGGAAUAGGAAUGGGUUGGAAGAAGGCUAGGAGUAGCCAGAACAAAGCGUGACACCAAUCCAUUAAAUCCGUAACUGUCGAUGUGAGUUAUAAUGUGCGAUAAAACUAUGCAUAUCCGCAUAAGAAGCUAGGGAUCCUUGUAGUCUUUCACAACCAAUCGUGUUGAUUUGAAUUCUCGAGAAGAAGCACGUGAACCAUCGUGUAAAUAUUAGAUUGGUUCAAGGAGCACAAAUCAGUAGGAUAUUCCCUUCCAGAAAAGGCCUACGAAUAGUCAAGAUCAUUAUAAAUACAUAUAAAACGUUGUGUUUUGUGCAUAUUUUAACGUUGCAAUAUAUCUUCUGUUACCAUCCUAGAAACUUUUACCGAGGACCUUAGCGACCAUCAGGGGUGGAUUCUGAAGAUCAUUGUUCAAGCGUCCACUCACUCAUGUAUGUUUAGACAAGGAUAUAUCAAAUGGCGACAGUUUGUAUUAGUGGGCCAUGCAAGAAGGGUAGACUAACAAGUUGGGGUUCUUGAUGUAAACAUAUCAGUGGUUGGAGACUGGAUGACACGGCUGUUGGUCGGUCACAAUGGCACAGGUGUAUGCUUUUAGUUAUUUUUGUGUCAUUCUUUUUCUAUCCGCUCCUUUUUAUAUGCUGUUCGAAAAUGUGGCGACUUGAACUGAUGCAAAUCAACCCGAUGCAUAUUUAUACACUAGACUAUGAGUCAUACUUACUGUAUUAUGGUUUGUGUUACCCCACCCUUUUGGCCAAGCCGAAGUAGUUCUAGAUAAGUGGCUCUCCGUUGAUUUAUCUGUUUGUUACAGUUAAACUGCUUGAGGAGAAUUAUGUUUGAAGACUUUCUUCACCGAAGUAGUAUUCCUGUUUAUUACAUCCAUUGAUUGGACUGUUUGAGCUUGGUAUUAAGUCACUUGAUGAAACUGCAAACACCAAAUGACUGGUAUGCAUCGUGGGUAGUUGUAAACAUCAUUUCCAGAGCUUAUUGUUUAACGUGCUAUGAGUAAGAGAAAGCGUCAUGGUGACCACAUUAGAGAAUAAUAUAUAUUCAGAACUCUAUUAUUCUCACUACCUUUAGCUGUGUAUAGAAACACGUUUCUUUUUACUGAGAUCCCUGUAAUAGUGUAUCUUAGUGGGUGGAAAUCAUAGUUGCCAUUGUUAAAAGUCUAUCAAACGAAAGUACACUCUCUAAUUUGUUUUGAGUCUUAAGCAUCUUGUGACUGUAUAGUUCUGAUUUAUAAUUUCGAGUUUUCUCCUUGCCUUCUUUCCACUGGCUGUUUCACCCGUUUGUUUCUUUACCUCAUCACCGUUUUCUUGAAUUAGGUUUCUUCCCAGGUAACAGUUUACUUACACGUUAUCUGCUUAUAGAGCGAUUAGAUGUUUGGUAGAUUUUGUCGUCCGCUAGAAAUUCAAAAUCAUUUGGAUGUAUGUUUGAUACCGGUAGUUAUCCACUAGGCCACGGGCAAGAGAGGUCAAGCACUUCGACACUGUAUGGUAAUGGGAAGUUAUAAGUAUUAAACAACAACUGGUACACUCAGCUGAUGCGUCACAAAUGGGGUGAAACGCGCGUCCUGGAUUCCACUGGUAGUCACCAGUGUAUAUUUCCAGCCAUGAGUGGAGGGAUAUGUCGGUUCAAUAUUCACGAAACACCUUUAGUUAUUCAACCGACUGAUAGUGAAGCUUCUUUCAUAAUAGUUCUUCAUUCCCAACAUGAUGGUUUUUCUUCGUAGAACAUGGUCGAAUCCUUUUAAAGGAUUGUUUGUUUUAUAGGCUUAACAGAUCGGCAAUUUUUAACGGUGUUUAAUGAGCAGUUCAACAAAAAUAAAUAUUAUUAUCUUUAUUAGUUUUAAGGUUUUUAAAAACCUUAGCAAGUGACUUCCUGGUAACAUAGUCUCAUAUAAUUAUUUCUUUUACGGUUAUAUUAUGGUACUUACAAAUUAACAUGUGUAAGUGUACACCCUACCGACGUAUUUAUUCAUUUCUUAUGUUUUUCUUUAUUAUCAUAGUGAACAUGUAUGCAUUAUAUUUCGGCGUCCAGAUCCACUGAUUUCUUUGAACAGUGCAAAAACUACCGACGAUCAGUUGGCCAGUAACACUCAUGGAACACAUGGAAGUCUUUAUUGUUGGUGGCCACCAUCUAACUCAUGGCAUUUAUUGGACGAGGAUACUUCUGCAUCAGUAAAUCAAGAUCAUCUUGAGAUUCGUACACACAUUGAGUUAAGUGCUGGACGUUGGUCCGACUCUGGUACAAUUGAAUUAGGUUUAGGCUAUUGUUUACAAUCAACAGAUAAUGAUGAGCAGGAUGGUUUCAAUCAGAUAGAUGAUUAUCAGUCUGUUCUGCAAUCACCGUUUGUGAUUCCUCUCACACCAAUGUCAUUGUUAUCUAAAGUGAAACUAGUGCCUUGUGCACCUAUUAAUCAGUGGUGAACAUUUAUAUAUUUCGUUUAUUUAUAGAUUUUCUUUAUGUUUUGUUUACUGUGAUUGAAUUUUGAACAAAGUGGACUAUUGAACAUUGUACAUAUUUACUUUUCUGAAAGAUUGUACACAUAAGUGUGAUGUAUUAUUUAUUUGUUCUUACGAUAUAGUGCACAGAUGUGAGUUAAUUUAGUAAAUAUUAUAUAGGAAUUUUUUGAACUGGCUAGUAUUAAAUAGGUUUCUUGGUAUAUUAUAUUAGUCAGGGGGAUAUAUGGUGAAGUUUUUCUUAUCGGGAUAAAAUGCUGCAUGGUUAUGCAACAGUGAGUGAGCACACUGAAUUACCAUUUUUACCUUCAUCGAAUUUUUGAAUAUGCAUAGAGUGGAGCAAUCUCUUGAACUGCCUUUUUUAAUGAAUUGACAUGAGCUAAAGAACUACAAAGUACGGGAGUACUGUACAACUAACCAUCUUGUCUCAGUUUUCCACUGUCUAAUGCUACUUCCUUUUUAACGGUUCUGAAAAUCGCUUUGGGAUUAGCCGAAUCCUCACAGACUAUCCCGUUGAAAAACAGUUUAUUUUGGCUCAGUAAUGACUAGACUGGAGGCAGAUUUCUUAAAGUCCUUAUGAGUUUAGCGCUGUAGGGGACUGAUAUCCACUGGUAGUAUUGGAUGAUGUCUAUAGCUUAUCAUGAAAUAGUAGACUUUGUAGAAUGCAUACUACUGCAUUCUAAUACAAGGUUUUAAUCGCGAGAAGUGACUUUUUUGAGUUUAAUUCCUAAUCAGGUUGUUAGUACGGACUUUUGGGACGUUCCAUACUUUGAUAAGACUGCUACCUAUUGCCUUCUUAGUUUUAAGUCGUUUUCUGUCUCAUUAAGUCAUUAUGACAACGAACUUACAACUAACCAGUUACCGAUAACUGUUCAAAUCAAUCAAUCUUUUACGUUAAAUGAUAAUUCCCCUCCAUUAUUUUGUUAUCACCUCUAAAAUAGUAUAGAAUCACAUAAGUUACUAAAGUAGUCAAUUUUUUUUUCUAAUACAGUGAUACCGACUAGAAAUAUUGACAUUCAGUCUAUAGGUGUUAGAUGUUAGUGAAGCACUAAGCGACUAUUCCAGAUGUACGUUCUGUUUCUUUUGGCUGCUGGCAGACAGACAGCCACUAAUGGUGAAAAAAGAAAGUAUGACUGAAAACGAUCCAAACAUUGACACUCUGUAUACGCUGAAAAGUUGUAUUUUUUUUUCUUUUCAUGACUUGUGUAAUCUUCUGAUGUUUUUAAUCCAAUUUAGUGACCUCCAUUCCGUACCAUUUAGAUCCCAUAAAACCUUGUAAAUUUUCCAACAUAUAUCAAUGUAAUGAUGCCUGUAAAGUGGCUUCUCUCAUGUUAAAUUACUAAUAUGAGAAUAAAAUAUGUAUUUGUUUAUUUAU